AUGGACAGAGACAACAGAAAUGAAAAGAGCGUGCUGGACAAAAGGGGGUAUAAGAGAACCCAGGAGAUGGGGCCUGCACGAACUGUUCUUCCUUUAAACGAGUACGUUGGUGACCGGGAGAUAAACUCUCGGCUAUCAGUCAGGAAUGUCACGCUUGUUGAUCCGUCUGGCCCAAUUGACUCUGGGUAUGCUAAGCUGCGGCAGUGGGUUGAGGACUCGCUUGACUCAUUUAAGAACGAUCUUAAUAAUCUUAUGUUUCCUGUUUUCAUUCAUUUGUACCUUGACAUGAUAUCUAUGCGCAGGGAGAAUGAAGCACUUUCAUUUAUGAACGAGUACAAAGAAGACUUUAUAGAAGUACAUGCAAGCGAGCUGCGUCAGAUAGAAAUGGUACGAGAAAUGUCCAAUCUUAAAGAAAACCAGCUGGCAAUGGCGUUUAUAUCGAAUAAAUACCACCUGACCAUGGGGAAGUAUGCAUUUGACCUUCUAAUUGACUUUCUGGAGCUCAAUGGAAUGCUUAAAAUAGGGAAGAUUGUGAACCAGUACCUUAACAUAAAAGUAUUCACUGGAAAGAUGAGCGAAGACAUUGUGGACAUCGGGCUGGUGGGCGUGGCAGAUUUUGACUUUAAUAAGAAGCCCAUUACAAGCGGUGUGCACUACAUUUCACCCAAGGUUGAAGAGCUUGUUUUGACUGAAGAGCAGUAUAAGUAUGAGUAUUUAGACCAGUUCUUGGGGAUUCUAAAGAAAAAACGGCUGGAGCACACGCCGCCGGCAUAUGAUAGAAUACCUUUGCCCAGUCCGUCUGCCUCGCAUAUUGCAUCUGAGAUAGAUAAGCUAAGAGAUCUUGCUAAGAGGAUGAAUGUAGGGAAGCACCAGAUGCCAAGUAUUUGCUGCUACACUGUACAUAAUACAUUUGAAACCCUCUGCUGCUCUGACUACUCCUCUGAUCUAAAGCUCGUUGCGCUUGGGUACACAGACUCAUACAUUGAGAUACACUCUCUAACAGAUGAAAACCUACUGAAGCUCAAACAAAGCAUCUAUUUGAAGGCGCCUGAGAUGAGAACAGGCAAGGCAGACGAUGCGCGGGAUGACGCCGGAAAAGUGGUGCGACUUGUUGGGCACUCUGGUCCAGUGUAUGCAGUGAAAUUCUUUGCAAACAAGCGAUUCUUGCUUUCUGCCUCGCAGGAUAGCACAAUUCGCCUUUGGUCUUUGGAUACAUACUCUGAGGUUGCAGUAUACCAGGGGCACUUCUUCCCUGUGUGGUGUAUUGAUAUUGCAUCGAAUGAUUACUACUUUGCAUCUGGGUCAAGUGAUAGAACUGCAUGCGUGUGGAGUGUUGAGAAUGCAAAGCCUGUUCGGCUGUUUGCCUCUUCUCUUAGUGAUAUAAUGUGCGUAAAGUUCCACCCGAACUCAAACUACUUAUUUACUGGCAGCUGCGACUUUAAGAUUAGAAUGCACGAUCUGCAAGAUGGUGAGCUGGUCCGUCUUUUUGUUGACCAUAAAGAUGCAGUGACAUGUUUGGAUGUUUCUGCCUGUGGUAAGCACCUUCUGUCUGGAGGAAAGGAUAAAACUGUUAUCCUUUGGGAUAUUGCAACGGGAAAGAAACUGUUUAAGUAUACAGGGCACGAAGGAUUCAUAUACUCUGUCAGCUUUUCGCACUUCUCCUCCCUGAUUGUUUCCUCCUCAAGUGAUAAUACUGUGCGGCUGUGGGAUAAAUACAAAGGAGACCUAGUUGCCACAUACUAUACUAAAUCAACUCCUAUUAUUAAGGCAGUAUUUGGAUAUAGAAACAUAAUAUCCUGCUUAGGAGCAUACACACCAAAAAAGUAAUAAAGUACUAUUUACA